UGCUGCGCUCAGUGAGAAUAAAACAGGAUCAUAGCAGGGCGGUAGUAAUGCCGGUGCCGCAUUCAUAAUCCUGGUCGCUGUUCAACAGCUUGAAGUUCUCUCAAGCCCGUGCAACAAUUGGCCUGUGCUGAUGUUUGUUUCAAACAGCACGUGAGGAACUGAGAGGUUGACUUAACAUUUGGAAAUCUGCCUGGGUACUGAGAACGUGAGUUCAUCCUUAAAGAAGACUAUACCUUCUGUAAAGCUUGUGGAGGAUAGACAUAUGUGCUGCAAUGGUGACAUAAAUUAUUAAACAGGACUGGAACAAGUUGUUGAAAGCUGUUUAUAAUUUUUUUAAUGCUGCUGCUGCUUGGGAACAGUCUAAGGCAAGUAUACAACAUGAGUUUUAUCAUGAAACUUCACAGACAUUUUCAAAGAACAGUUAUCCUGCUUGCCACUUUUUGUAUGGUGAGCAUUGUUAUUUCUGCUUACUAUUUGUAUAAUGGCUACAAACAGGAAAAUGAACUUUCUGAGAUCUCUUCAGACAUGGAAUGUGGUGAUUUUCAGCUGUUGCCAUACAAACUGAUGGAACUGAAGACAGUGAAGCCCGUUGAUCCCCUGAGGACUGAUCUUGUUGUGCUGGUGUUUGUGGAAAGCCAGUAUUCAACACUUGGUCAAGAUAUAAUAACCAUUCUAGAAUCCAGCAGAUUUCAAUACCACAUAGAGAUUGCUCCUGGGAAAGGUGAUCUUCCAGUGCUUAUAGAUAAAAAUAAAGGCAAAUACGUUCUCAUUAUAUAUGAAAACAUUUUAAAGUAUGUGAAUAUGGACUCCUGGAACAGAGGCCUUCUAGAUAAAUACUGUAUAGAAUAUGGAGUGGGUGUCAUUGGAUUUUAUAGAGGCAGUGAGAACAGCUUGCAGAGCUUUCAGUUGAAGGGUUUCUCUUUUCAUGUUCACAGCAAUCUAGGUGUUAAAGACUGUUGUAUUAAUCCUCAUUCUCCAUUGCUUCAUGUGACUAAAUCAUCAAAGCUUGAUAAAGGCCCCUUGCCUGGAAAUGACUGGACAGUAUUCCAAAUUAAUCACUCAGCCUAUCAGCCUGUGAUAUUUGCAAAAGUAAAGGCACCAGAAAACCUUCCACCACCUGUUGCUAAAAGUGCUCUCUAUGCCACAGUAGUGCAUGAUGCAGGACUGCAUGAUGGGAUUCAGCGAGUCGUCUUCGGCAACAACUUGAACUUCUGGCUGCACAAGCUGAUCUUUGUAGAUGCGGUCUCUUUCCUGUCUGGGAAGAAGCUCACGUUGUCCUUGGAUAGGUACAUUCUUGUUGACAUAGAUGACAUCUUUGUUGGGAAAGAGGGAACAAGGAUGAAUACCAAUGAUGUGCAGGCCCUUCUUGAUACUCAGAAUCUUUUGCGAUCUCAGAUUACAAAUUUUACUUUCAACCUGGGAUUUUCUGGGAAGUUUUACCACACAGGAACAGAAGAAGAGGAUGAAGGUGAUGACCUGUUGUUGGGGUCAGUGGAUGAAUUCUGGUGGUUUCCCCAUAUGUGGAGUCACAUGCAGCCUCAUCUUUUCCAUAACGAAUCUUCACUAGUGGAGCAGAUGAUUCUCAACAAAAAAUUUGCAUUAGAGCACGGAAUUCCAACUGAUAUGGGCUAUGCGGUGGCUCCGCACCAUUCUGGGGUCUACCCAGUACAUGUUCAGCUCUAUGAUGCCUGGAAGAAAGUCUGGAAUAUCAAAAUCACCAGCACAGAGGAAUAUCCACAUCUGAAACCUGCACGAUACAGACGGGGCUUCAUCCACAAAAAUAUCAUGGUUCUCCCCAGGCAAACUUGUGGUCUGUUCACUCACACCAUUUUCUACAAGGAGUAUCCUGGGGGUCCAAAAGAACUAGACAAGAGUAUCCAAGGUGGAGAGUUGUUCUUCACAGUUGUCCUCAAUCCAAUCAGUAUCUUCAUGACACACUUGUCCAACUAUGGGAAUGACCGUUUGGGGUUGUACACCUUUGUGAAUCUGGCCAACUUUGUUCAGACGUGGACGAACCUGAAACUGCAAACUCUGCCUCCGAUUCAGCUGGCUCACAAAUACUUUGAGCUCUUCCCUGAGCAGAAGGACCCUCUCUGGCAGAAUCCCUGUGAUGACAAGCGGCACAGAGAUAUCUGGUCUAAAGAAAAAACCUGUGAUCGAUUACCAAAAUUCCUAGUUAUAGGACCUCAGAAAACUGGUACCACAGCUUUGUAUUUGUUCCUGAUUAUGCAUCCUUCCAUCAUUAGUAACUCCCCCAGCCCAAAAACCUUUGAGGAGGUACAGUUCUUUAAUAGAAAUAACUACCACAGGGGGAUUGAUUGGUAUAUGGAUUUCUUCCCAGUACCAUCCAAUGUCACCACUGAUUUUCUCUUUGAGAAAAGUGCCAACUACUUUCAUUCUGAGGAAGCUCCUAGACGAGCAGCCUCCCUCAUCCCCAAAGCCAGAAUCAUCACCAUUCUCAUCGAUCCAUCAGAUCGGGCAUAUUCCUGGUAUCAGCAUCAACGAUCGCAUGAAGACCCCACAGCUCUAAAGUUUAGCUUCUAUCAGGUGGUCACAGCUGGACCUCGAGCUCCAUCAGAGCUUAGAGCUCUACAGAAGAGAUGUCUAGUACCUGGAUGGUAUGCCACCCAUAUAGAAAGAUGGCUAACUUACUUCCCACCUUAUCAGUUGCUAAUUAUUGAUGGGCAGCAGCUGAGAACUGACCCAGCUACUGUGAUGGAUGAAGUACAGAAGUUUCUGGGAGUCUCUCCUCAUUAUAAUUACUCUGAAGCUCUAACGUUUGAUUCACAUAAAGGUUUCUGGUGUCAACUCCUGGAAGAAGGAAAAACGAAGUGUCUUGGAAAGAGCAAAGGCAGAAAAUACCCUCCUAUGGACUCUGAGUGCAGGGCUUUUCUGUCAAGCUACUACAGAGAUCACAAUGUGGAACUGUCAAAACUCCUACAUAAAUUGGGACAACCGCUACCGUCCUGGCUGAGACAGGAACUGCAGAAAGUGAGAUAGCAUUGAAAGGAAAGCUUCUUGGAAUCGCUCUUCCGCACUUCAAUCAUCUUACCUAGAGCCUCCAAUAGCUACCAGGUGGUGUUGUAAAAUAUAUCUUUUCCAAACGAGUAUAAAAGAAUGAAAUUCUUUCCAUAUGCUGGCAUGUGGAUUGUGAAAAUAUAGGUGUUUCUUAGAACUCUGGUGGCCCAAAGUCAUUCUCCUAAUUAUUUCUGGGCCAGUGGAAUUAUUGUAGACUACUGUGCACACAUGUGGAAGUCAAUAGCAACUGGUAUAAGCUUCAAAAGUAAAGAUACAACUGUUGGGUUUCAUAGUAAAUAUUUACACUUUUAUAUAUCAACCUAAGAGUAUUGUGUCUCAUGUAGAUUUUGUAGCCCAUUGUUUGCCUGCUCACAUUUUUUCUUACUAUUCGACUAUUAUGAUGUGUCUUAUACAGUAUGAAAUGUAAGAAAAUAUAAUGUAGCACUUAAUAAUACCAAAUGUACUCCUGCCUUUGGAAUAUGCUUGCCAAAUUUUGAACCUGAUACCUGAAAAUAUAUGAACACAAUUGAGGAGUACAAGUCCACGUUACGUAGGUAUACACAAUGGACAGACUAAAUCCUGAGAGCUAAAUCCUGAUUCCACAUGCUAAAACCACAUAACAAAAGUUGGUAUAUGAAACCUGACCCCACACAAUGAGGAUAAAUCAUAAGGAUGAUGUUGAUCCCAUAGAAGUUCCUGGCGUAUGCUUUUAACCAAGAUACCUCCUAUACACAGUCCAGUGAAACAGUAAAAUAUGGAAGACAGACCACGUGUCUGAACAAUACCAACUCUGCUUUUAAAAAGAAAAAUAAAUAUAUGCAGCACAGGUUAAAAAACUAAAAUUAUAAUAAUCGUAGUGAAAGUUUUAGCCUCCUUAGACUGUGAACCAUGCCAUAACAAUGGACUGAUGAAACAAUGUUAGUAGAUGUUUCACUCAAGGUACUGUGAAUUACAAGACCUAGGGCCUGGAUUCUGAUCUCACAUUUUUGUAAGUCAUAAAUAACUCCAAGUCUGUUUCACAGUGGACUUGCACCAGUGAAAUUCUGAUAAGAGCAGAAACAGACCCAUAUUUAGAUUACUUUAAUUUCUGCUGCUCUUUUUAAUGCUUUUUUCAUUCAGUUAGUAGCUGUAUGUAUUCUAAAAUCUUACUUAUGCUGAUUGAAACGUGUAGGAUGUUCCAGUGUCCUCCAAUUUAGUAUAUGUAACUUGCAUAUGCUAAUAUACCUUCUCUGAGGAGAUGCAUUUUUAAUAUAGUUGGGAUUAAAUGUUCAUAAUAAGCUAAAUAAAAGAGAAUACACCGUGCAGUCAUGAUAUAAAAUUAGGCACUAAUUGUGCAAACACUUACAUAUGCUUAAGUUAUACAAUAAUGUGUACUCUCACUGCUAUUCAUCACUCACCAAAUUAAACAUGAGAUUAUCCUGUUAUUGUUAACGCUUCAAAUUUUAGGAUACAGAUCAUUAAAAUUGAGCCAAAUUUUAGCCUUGGUAUUUCUUCACUGAAAUAUGAUUACAUGUAUUUCUAAAAAGUAUAAUGAAUAAAUACCAAGUGAAGUAAAGAAACCACAAUGGUAGGUCAACCUUACUGUCUAUGUAUAUUAAGGGGGGGAUGUAAUUUUUAUCCCAACACAGUUUUCAGUAAAUAUGUCCCCCAGAUUUGUCUUAAAAUGGACAGUUAACGUGCAUCAAAAAAUUAUAUGUAUCAGUACUGUUUUAUUACAUGUUCAUAAACUAUACAAUUUAAUGGCAAUGGGAUGGAAGCCAGUUUGUUAUUGACUAAAUAGAAAACAGACAUUGAGAUCCUUAUUGUACCUCUAACUAGUAACUUUAAGUAGUUAUGAAUUUUGUAUUGUAAUAUCUGGUUUUAAUAGCCUGGAAAAUCAAAUACAUACAAAUUUGUAUAUAAAAAUAUUCAGUAUUCAGCACAUUAUUGCCUAAAGGAGAAUGCAUGAACAAGAGAGAGGAUCUAG